UUGUGUCUCCAUCACCUUAAAAUGACUAUUUUUCCGGAGGCAACAAUAUGUUUCACGGUUUUUGUUUUUCUCCAAACUUCCAGUGUCGUUCAUGCUCUCUUAGAUUUUGGGGUCAUUGACUGGACACCUGAUUGUAUUCUGUUGCUUGGGUCUUUUCAUUGUUCUUUAACAGUUUUCAGUAGUAAUUUUUGCUUUUCCUUUUUGAUCUCUUAUAUGAAAGGGCAGCAAGCCAUCUAUUCAUUAUUCGUGGAAAAGAGACUCAAAGAAGAGAAACAGAAAGAAAUGGCUGAUUCUCCAGUAAGCAGGCCCCAGGGUCUGUUGACAUUCAGGGAUGUGACUGUGGACAUCUCCCUGGAGGAGUGGGAAUGCCUGGACUCGGCUCAGAGGGCUUUGUACAUUGAUGUGAUGUUGGAGAAUUACAGCAACCUUGUGUCUGUGGAGAACUAUUGCAUAUGUGAUCCUGGCCAUCACCAUGUGAAGAAUGAAAAGCAGUGUUGUCAGUGUAAUGAGCUUGGCAAAGUGCUUCAUGACCCCUCCACAUGUGCACUUUAUAGAACAAGUGAAACUACAGAAAACUCUAAUAACUACAGAUGCAGUAAUCACAGGGAUGCCUCUGUUGACUCAUCAAACCCAGAAAGACAUGAAAGCGUGCACACUGGAGAAGAACCUUGCAAAUCUAGAGACUGUGAGAAAUCUUUAAAUUUGUGUCCCAACAUUAAUAAAGAUCAGAGAUUCUACAAUGCAAAGAAAGAGCUCAGGGAGGGAGAAUAUGAUGACUAUUUUGACUCCAUAUACAGUCUUUUGCAACAAAGAGUCUACAUUAAAGAGAAACCACACCAGUGUGGGAAAUGUGGGAAAUGCUUCAGUACUGCCUCAAACCUCAGUGGACAGCAGAGAAGCCAUCCUGGAGAGAAGCGCUAUGAGUGCAACAUUUCUGACAGAUCUUUCACCCCACAUACAAAUCUUAAAACACAUCCAAGACUCCAUACUGGAGAGAAGCCUUACAAAUGCAGUGACUGUGGCAGAUCCUUUACCCACUAUUCAUCUUUUAGAAGGCAUCGGAAAAUUCACUCUUUAGAGAAAUUAUACAAAUGUAAAGAGUGUGGUAAGUCCUAUAUUGAGUUAUCACAUCUUAAAAGGCAUUACAGGAUCCAUACUGGUGAGAAGCCUUACAAAUGUGAGGUCUGUGACAAAUCCUUUACCCAGGACUCAACUCUUAAAACACAUCAAAGACUUCAUACUGGGGAGAAACCUUACAAAUGCAAAGAAUGUGGAAAGUCCUUUCCUCAGAUGUCAGCGUUUCAUAGCCAUCAGAAACUGCAUACUGGAGAGAAGCCUUACAAAUGUAAGGAAUGUGACAGAUCCUUUGCCCACUGUUCGAGUUUCAGGAGACAUCAGAAAAUCCAUGCUGCGGAGGACUAUAUGUGUCUUGAAUGUGGCAAGGUCUUUCAUCAGCUUUCACAUCUUAAAAUCCAUUACAGACUGCCCAGUGGAGAGAAGCCUUAUAAGUGCAAUGAGUGUGCCAGAUCCUUUACCCACUAUUCAUCACUUAAAAGGCAUCAGAGAAUUCAUUCUCUAGAGGGAUUAUACAGAUGUAAAGAGUGUGAUAAGUCCUUUAUUCAAUUAUCCCAUCUUAAAAAGCAUCACAGAAUCCAUACUGGUGAGAAGCCUUACAAAUGUGAGGUUUGUGAUAAAUCCUUUACCCAGGACUCAACUCUUAGAAUACAUCAGAGAGUUCAUACUGGAGAAAGACCUUACACACGUAAGGAAUGUAACAAAUUUUUUACUAAGUGCUCAACUCAUAGAGCACAUCAGAAAAUUCAUACUGGAGAGUAAAAUACCA